AAAACUCUCUGAUUGAUGGGCUUGCACUCUUUCUUCAAUUUACAGAGACGUUCACCGAGUCUCCGCUCUGAGUCUUCACUGGAACAGAGUUUGCGGAUUACUGUUGGUAGUGACCGGUAUUGCAUUGGCACACCAGAGAGAAGGAGGCUGCCUGAUAGACUGGGCUCACCAAUUGAUAACCUGAGUGACAGGGAUGAUAUGGCCGAUGGUCCCAUAUUCACCAGAGGCCUCUCAGGCACUCGAGGCUUAGAGAGAUACCUGUCACAUGAAGAUCAACCUUCAAGUCCCUUUAGCAUGAGACACGAUGAAGACUACCGCAACCGAGAUGUUUUUCUUCAUCGUUCAGAUUAUAGCCCGCAUUAUGGUCGUCGAGAAGAACUGCCUCGUGGAUCUGACAGAGAUGGUGAGAAAUUUAGGAAAUCUUUCUACCCAUCAAGACCAGAAGAGAGGGGACGAGAAAUAAAGCGUCCACGGUACGAAAAAGAUGAGAAAUUGCAUUGUAUGAGUGGAGAGCAUCAAGGUUUUUCAUCAGGAACACGAAACUAUCGCAGGCGAAGCCGCAGCCUUAGCCGCAGUAGAAGUCCAAGCCCAUCAUACCUAAAUGAAGAAUUCCGAGAGCUUGACCGCGCCAGGAGAAAAAGAGAAGAGGAAGAACGUAAUAGAAACUUGAAUCAUGAUGUUUCAGACAGUGGUUAUGUGAUCCCAGGCUUGACUAACACACUACAGACUUCUGAGCCUCGUUAUACAUAUAGGCCUGAGGAAAUACCAUCCAUGCCUAAAAAAUCUAUCUUGAAGAAAAGAGUAGAGAUGGAAGUAGAGUCUCCUGUUCAGCCCGAGGAGUUUUUUAGCAGCCCUGCUCCCAGCAAGGAUCUUCCUCUUCUUUCUAGUCAUUCAUCUUUGCCCCAGAGCAACAACACAGCUCAGUUUUCUUCUGAAGUGGAGAACUUUCUCAAGCAGUUUAACAAAGACUCUGUGAUGGAGCCUGCAAACAAAGAGUUACAUGAUGGCUUAUAUGAAUGGAACCCACUUUCUGCGGCUCCCAAAGACACUUUUACAUAUGAAGAGAAGUUUGGAAGCUUUUUAAGUCACAAGGACAAAAUAGAACCCAAAUCAGAGCCUACUGAUCGCCAUACUGACUUCCUACUGCCUCAUGAGAGGGCCAGUCAGGAUGGCAGUGGUUUCUCCCGAAUUCUGGGCAUGAUGGCUGAUUCUGUCAGUGCUCAGGAGAAGAGGAGGCGUAGUUUUCCUGACAUUGAGGAUGAAGAGAAAUUUCUUUAUGGUGAUGAGGAUGAAGACACUAAUACUGAAUCACACCUUGUUCAAAAGCCUCCUGUGAGUUGUACCAGUGAGCUAAUAAACCAGAAGGUGAGCCUACCUCCUUCUCCUGCUCCAGCUGUCAAGCUGGAUCCUUUAGAAGAGCCUAAUGCUGAGUACGCCAAGAUUCAUGACUUACUCAAAACCAUUGGACUUGACAUUGGUGUUGCUGAAAUUGGAAGACUAGCCAUUCGUACUCAGGAACGCCUUCAUGGCAAGAAGUUGGCAUCCCGUUCUCCUGAUCGUCGCUCUUCCGAUACUCGCAGAACAGACCCUUGGGACUUACAUCGCAGCCGAAGCAACACUCGUUCUCCAGAGUCAGGCCAGCAGCACUCAGCAUCACCUCCCAUUUCUUUCCAGCAGGCUAAAGAUCCAUCCUCCCUUCAGAAAUCAGAAUAUACCAAGAACAAGCCAGGAGGACAGGACAUACCUCCAUGUGCACCAGAACAACCUCUUCCUUCCGUUUCUCUUAUUCCCUCAGUUCCACCAGCUCCUGCUAGUUUGCCACCUACACCUACUUCUGUUUCCCAAUACCAAAUUCCCAAUUACUCCCAGUUCACUACCACUCAGAUGCCCCCAAACUAUCCACCUCCCACACUGGCCCCUCCAGGAUAUGAUGCGUAUGGGCAUUAUAUGGCUUAUGCAGCUCCUGGCUGGACCAUGUAUCCCCCUACCCAGCAGCCUAAUCCUGCAUUGCCAGAGACUCAUGGACUUCUUACUAUGGCCAUGUCAGCAAACCCUACGCGUCCCAACCUCCGGGUUAUUGAGACGGUCUCUAUGAGAAAGGAUGCCGCUGAUGUGAAAAGAGACGGUUCUGUGCUCGUUCGUGUUCCUACCACUCCUACUCAUUCCAAAGUUCCCCUUCGUCCAUCUUCACACCCUCUCAAAAGUACUCCAGAAAAGAUAUCAGAUGAAAAAAAUCGAGCAGCUCAGAAGCAGAAGGUGAUAGAAGAGAGAGAAAAACUGAAGAAUGAGCGAGAAGCACGGCAGAAGAAACUGUAUUAUCUGAAGACUGAACUGGACAGGCUUCGUAAACAGCAAGGAGAGAUGCUGAGGAAAAAACGACGUGAGAAGGAUGGUCACAAAGACCCCUUGUUGGUUGAGGUGAACAGACUUCAAGAGAAUAUUAUGAAGGAGAUUUCAGAGCUCCAUAAAGAAUCUGAUGCAGCAGAUAAGAAGCAAUCUGAGCUUGACAAAGUAGCACAGAUCUUGGGGAUUAACAUAUUUGAAAAACCCCGGAAACCAUCUGUGGAAACCAAAGAUUCCUCAGAAAAGAACAGCAAAUCAGAAAACACAAAAGGUCUGGAGAAGGCAACUUCUUCCAAUAAGGAAUCAAAACCAACUAAUGAAAAAUCCAGAGGCAGAAGCCCGAAGCCAGCAGAAUCCUCUUCACAGUCCUCCAAACAUCCUUUCCAGUUGGCCAAUAUUUAUGAAUAUUAUGAUGCAGGGAACCACUGGUGCAAAGACUGCAACACCAUCUGUGGGACCAUGUUUGAUUUUUUCACACAUAUGCAUAAUAAGAAACACAGACAGACCCUGGAUCCUUACAACAGACCUUGGGCUUCGAAGACCCAGAGUGAGACCAAACAAGACUCCAUAAAGCGCAUUGAUAAGAUAACUGUUCCUGCCAAAGGGUCUGAGUUUCUGAUUCCCAUCACUGGUUAUUACUGCCAACUCUGUCAUGAAUUUUUUGGAGAUCAAAUCUCAGCUGAACAGCAUGUGAAAAGUCAUCCUCACAAUGAAAAAUAUAAGAAAUACAUAGAUGAAAACCCGCUCUAUGAAGAAAGGAGAAAUCUAGACCGUCAGGCUGGACUGGCUGUAGUUCUGGAAACGGAGCGCAGGCGGCAGAAUGAACUGAAGAGGAAACUAGUUGAGAAACAGAAAGAAGAGAAGGAUGAGAAGAAAGCAAAAAUAAUAAAGAAAGAGGAAACAAAGAACACCCCAGAGCUUGGAGAAGGAGCUAGUGAAACUCAAGACAAAACAGAUUCUUCUGGGCGAAAAAUGGGUAUUAAGCUUAAGCUGAAGAAGGAAGAGAAGAAAGAGGAGAAAAAAGAAGAAAAGAAGGAGGAAUCUAAAAAGGAAUCACCAAGUCAGACAUCAUUUGGGAAAUUCAGCUGGAAAAAGGCAGAGAGAGAGGAUAAGGCCUCGGGAGUAGCUAUUCCAAAGGAGGAGAGCAUGGAGGGAAACAAAGAGGAGAACAAGUUUCAGUCGGGGAAACUCCAUGCCAAGUCCAUUGAAAUCAAGCUGUCUGGGAAAACUGUUAUUCCACACACCAGCCCAUGGACACCAGUUGCUUAUGCAUCAACGCAGUCAAAAAUUCUACCCAAUCUUCCAGUCCCCACUAUGAUUUUCAGGAAAUCCACUACUGCAACAGUUAGCAAACCAGCACCUUUAAAUACUUUUCUAUCCAUCAAAUCCUCUGGGACCACUACCAAACCACUACCCGUGGUAAAAGAAACGAAUGCAGAUCUUCUGCUGCCUCCGGAUAUCAUCUCAAAAGCUUUUGGAGGAGAAGAGGUAAUAUUAAAAGGGCCAGAGGAGGAAUUGAAAGCACCAGAGAAAAGUGAAUCUUCUCAGACUUCUGAUAUACCGCCUCCUCCACCUCCUCCACCUGCAGUCCAGCCUGCUGCCGUCAUUCCUGCGGAUGAAGUAGCUCCAGGUGUGUCUGAAAGUGAACAGACAAUGCUAGCGAUGCCUGUAAGGCCACCUCCUCCACCACCACCUUCAACUGCGUUUAGUGAGCAGACAAAAAAAAUAGAGAAACGAAACUCUUGCCUGGCCACUGCCAAUGCUAAAGAUCUCUAUGAUAUUUUCUACAGUAGUGGUGGAAAGGGUUCAGCUGACAGCAAGCUUGCAAGUUCUGCACUUCCAAAUGGAGAAAACUCUAACCUAGCAAAACCUGCAGAUUUUCCUUCGAACUCUAGAACAGUCAGUAGCUUAUCCUCCUUUAAAGAGGAAUCUCAGAAUGUGGCUACUGAAGUUAGCCAGGCCCACUCAGCUGAGACAGGCUCAGUAAUGGAGGAAACUGGUUUUCAGGAGACUUUAAUAUCUAAUUUUGAGAUGAGUGCUGACACUGAAAAUGGUAUUCAGAAGGAUGUAGGUAAAAAAUUCCAGGCUCUUACAACAGAUAUUCAGAUUAAAUUGAAAGAUGGGGAUUCUUUACAGUGUAGUAAUCAAGUAGUGGGCAGUUGGAUUCUUGAUGAGAAUCACGCUGAAAGGAACAAGAAGAUAUUUCAGCCUCAGCUGUCAGAAAUGUCAGUCACAGAACUGCUAGAAGCAAAACCUGCUUCUCGUAUUCAGAUGCCUGCAGAAAAGGGACUUGUGGAUGUAGCAAGUCGAGUGCAAGCAGACAACAAGGAGUUCUGUGAUCUGCAGAGAACAGAGAUCCAAGAGAAAGUUGAACAGGAAGAUGCAAAUGAAAUUGCAGUUAGUAACUCAAAUGCCUCUGGCAUUUUGGAGAAAGACAAAGAGAUGAAAGACAGGGAAAUAAAAGCAGUAAAGCCUGAGCUUAUGCUAGAACAGAUUGAAGUUCAAAAUCUGGGAGAUCCCCAUUUGGUAGAGGAAAAUUUAAGUGAUAGCUGUAAAACUGUUUCAGAAACUCAUAGUUCACACUUGCUCAGUGAUUCUCAAAACAUUUCAAAAGAAAAAGUUUUAGUAGCAGUACUGACAGAGCAAAAUUCUAUUGAUGCCUCCUUAAAAGAUGUGAAACCGAACAGUGUAGCUUUGGAAGUACCAGGAGUCCUUGGCAAAACUCCCCAGAUUUCAGAAACUCAAAAUAAGAUUUCAGAAUUGACAGGAAGUCCUGCUGAGUGGGAUGCUUCCAGAAUCAGUAAUAGAGAAGAACAGGUCAUGGCAACCAGUUCUUGUUCUGAAAGCGGUUGGAAAUUAUCGAACACUCCAAAUGUAGAAAUGAAAAAUAAUUCUAAUAAAAUUAGUGCUUCAGAAUUGACAGAGAGAGAGCCAGAGACAUCUCUUAGCAACACAAAAUCUAGAAGUAGCACAUUAGAAGCACAAGAAAAAGUUAGACCAGAACUGUCAGGCCAUGCAGUAUUAGAUAAGCAAACCCAAAGGCAGGAGGUUGCUUGGUUAGUCAGCACCUGCUCAGCAAGCAUUGUUGAACUCAGAUCCAGUGUAGAAUUAGUAGUUGAAGUUGAAAAGAAGUCACUAGGACACACUGGAUCUGAUGAAACAUUAGAUGAUAUUUUUACUAAGAGAGAUGCAAAAGGAAUGGCAGGUUUUUCUGAUCUUGUCCAAGGGUCAGCAGUUUCUUUAUCAGCAGAUUUCAAUCAGCAUCUUUCAGAAGAGGCUGUCAACAGGCAAACAAAGUGUGAGGCUAUAAGAACCUCAGCAGCCAAUGACUUUAGUCUGACUACCACUCACUCAGGAUUUAAUACCAACUGCUCUGAAAGUCUCUCUUUAAGUGUUAAUGAGGACAACAAGAAAGAUUCCUUGAGAUCUGGAAAUACAAAAUGCAGUGAGACCCCCUCUGAGAAAGCAGAACUAGAGUUCAAAAGCACAGAUUUUAAUUUGGGAAAUACUAAGACAGUACAUGAAGACAUCGGUAUCCUUCCAGCAGGACUUUUAAAUACAAAUGUGAAAGAAGUUUCAAAACUAGAAACUAUUGCAUCCGUUAAACUGGAGUCAAACAAACUGAGCAAGCUGGGCUUUGGAAAAACAGUGGAUGAAACAGAGAUUACUGAUUUUGCCACGCUUACUUCUGGUAGUUGGGAAGAUAAACUUUGCACCCAGGUUUCUCAAACAGCUGCAUCGCAGCUUGGAUUGCAGCCCUCAAACAAUGACACGAUGAAAGCAAUCAUGCCAGUUCCAGAAAUGCAGGGCACUUCUACCAUGUCCGAGAACCUUCGGCAAGUGGAGGAGAGCAAAGGUGGUGCUGCUGAAAUGCUGUCUCUGAGCUGUGAUGGAGGCAGCAGACAAAGUCAGGCAUCUGGCUGUGUGGAAACGUUCCUUCCUGGACUCAAAGAAACACGUGGAAAGGAGGGUGGCUCAGGAGGCAAGGGACUAUGUGCUAUCCAGAGUAAGAAGACUGAGCAAACAGAAACCACUGACAGUAGUUUGGAAUCUACAGCAAAUUCAGGAAUGACUGAAAGCUUAGCAGAAAGCCGAGUGGGUUGAAAUGAACCCAGGCAGCCCCAACAUUUGAGGAGCCAGAGCCGGGAUGAUGUAUAUGUUUUUUUUUUGUUUGUUUUGUUCCAGUUGAGGUGUUUGGGUGCACUUUGCAUCACAAAAUCACAGAAUAUCAGGGAUUGGAAGGGACCUCAAAAGAUCAUCUAGUCCGAUCCCCCUGCCUGAGCAGGAACACCUAGGACAUCGUAGCAUUGUAGGACAUGGCUAAAUUGAAACUUAACACCAUCAGAAACCAGACACGUAUGUUAUUCUGUACAUAGUUAACUGUGUAAAAUGUUUUUUCAUGUGAAUUUUUUUGCCAAUUUCUUUUCUACACUUCUGCUAUUAAAAUGGAAUCUCUCGUUUAUAAUGCGUGCGUCUUUGUUGUUUAUUUUGGGGGCUUCUGUUCUUUGAACGUUUCUGGAUGAUUUCCAGCUCAUCUUGUUCCUGUCAGUAGCAUCGCAAGUAGUCCAACCUCUGGGACAAGCUCAAGAACAGCAAAUUAGAACUUGAGGAAAUGGAGACUUGCAGAAGAACUAAAACUGAAAAUUGUUUUAAACUGUAAUGCAUGGUUUUGUUUACUUUAUUGUUUGAAAUGCAAGAAAUGUGAUUAAUCUUUUGUUUGUUUGUUUAUCUGUCUUUGUGAUUUGUAAUCGCUGCUGUAUUACAUCUGUACUUAAGCUGUUUCACUGUAUUGUAUAAGCACGUUUAUGGAUGCCACAUCACUAAUGAAGGGGAGAAAAUCUGUCCGACUGGCUUUUGGAGAAGAAGACUAAUCGGUAAGGCUCUGUGGCCUGACACCUGGAUCAGACAUAUUGAGGUCACUUAAACAUGUUUUGAAAUGGGCUUUCUUUCAUUGUAUUGUGAUCCAGUAACUGUUUGUAUUAAAUUGUUUAGCAGCUGACCAGCUCUGAAGAAGUAGAAGAUCAGAACCCUGGUGUCAGGAAUUGGACUCGCUUCAUGAGAUAGAGACACAUGCAUGCCUACCCUGAAUGAUCCUAGAGCUAGCAAAAGCUCUAGAAUGAUGGUUUUCAUUUGUAUAGCUCGUUAAAGGCUGAAGUAUUAAAUGUGUUUGCUUGGAUAAAUUGAACAUUUUUAUUUGUAAAUUGUUUAAAAAAUAAACAUACUGUGUUCAACAAGA